CGUGCUGCCUCACACUUCUUCAUCUAUUGAUGUCACCUCCACCACACCCGACGCCAACUCUCUAUCUCUGCUCUUCGCUGUUCAGGUUUUGCUCGUCAUCUAUACUUGCAAAAUCCAGGUCCCAUUUUCAAAUCAUCACGUCUUUCAAAAUCAUCACAUCGUUCUUAACUGGGAGUUUCGUUUCAUUGCUGGAAAACUUUUAACUGAAGCCGCAGGUUUCAAACACGAGACACUGAUUGGCUGAUUCCAUUGUCUCAUCCAUUUCCUCUUGGACGGCACUUGGGUGAGGGAGAUGAAAGCUUGGACUUAGGUUUCUUCUCCAGCCCAAGAAUUUCCACGAACCGAAGCAGCGAAAUUUGAGUCCUCUACCGUCAAGCAGAAGAAUAAAGUAUGUCUCACUUCAAAUGCACCAAGUCAACUUGCAUACUUCUGGUGGGCUGUCAUUUCAACUUCUGCCACAUCAGCAUCUAGGAUUUUCUUUUGCAACCGAUACCAUUACCCACUUUGAGUCUCUUCCUGAUGGCAAGACCUUGGUUUCAGAAAAUGGAAUCUUUGAAUUGGGUUUCUUUAGCCCAGGUAGUUCCACAGACCGUUAUGUUGGAAUUUGGUACCACAAUAUCCCAAGCAGAACUGUUGCUUGGGUUGCCAACCGUGACAGACCCAUCAAAGACAACUUUGGCACACUGAGCAUAAACAGAGAGGGACAUCUUGUACUUCUAAGCCAUAAUGAGACUGUUGUUUGGUUAGCAAAUUCCUCUACAAAGGCCUUGAGUCCAAUUGUGCAACUUUUAGGCUCUGGGAACUUGAUCCUAAGAGAUGGGAAGGAUCAAAAGCCCCAAAACUAUUUGUGGCAAAGCUUUGACUAUCCAUCUGAUACCCUUUUACCAGGAAUGAAGAUGGGUUGGGACCUGAGAACUGGUCUUAAUCGACGUUAUACAGCAUGGAAGAAUUGGGAUGACCCUUCUUCUGGGAACUUUAUAUCAGAGAUUGCACUACACAAUUACCCUGAAUUAGUGUAUUGGCUGGGCCAAGCAGAGUAUUUAAGGUUUGGGCCUUGGAAUGGUGUUCGGUACAGUGGCAUCUCUCAUGUGACAAACAAUCCACUGUAUGAAACAAAGUUUGUCUGGAAUAAAGAUGAGGUGUAUGCAGAGUAUAAUGUCAAAAACGAGUCACUGAUUACAAGAUUUGUCUUGAACCAGACAUUAUACUCACUACUGGACAUGAUAUGGAUUGAAGAUGAUGAGAGGUGGAUUACUUUUAGUUAUGUGCCUAUUGAUAACUGUGAUAGAUAUAAUCGAUGCGGCCCAAAUGGAAACUGUGUCAUGGGUGAGACACCAAUAUGCCAGUGCCUGAGAGGAUUCAUGCCAAAAUCACCCAAAAAAUGGAAUGCGAUGGACUGGGCUGAGGGAUGUGUCCGCAAUAAAUCAUGGAGUUGUCAGGAAAAAGAUAGGGAUUAUUUUGUCAAAUUUAGUGGGCUGAAAUUGCCAGAUACUACAUAUUCUUGGGUUAAUACAAGUAUGACACUUGAGGAAUGCAAAGCCAAAUGUUGGGAAAAUUGUUCUUGUACUGCUUAUGCUCAUUCUGAUAUCAAGGGAGGAGGUAGUGGUUGUAUUAUGUGGUUUGGUGAUUUACUUGAUAUAAGGCAGAUUUCUUUUGAUGACCAAGAUAUAUAUAUUCGUCUUGCUUCUCCAAAAACAGCUGGACAUGACAAAGACAACGGACAUAUGAUAGAGGUGAUAGCUGUAACAGUAACCACUGUUUUGGCUCUCGUGGUGCUCUUCACUUUCAUUUCCAUUUACAAGCACAAAAGGAACUCUUCGGUAGUAAACAAGGAAAAAGACUCUGAAGUAGAUAUGGAGCUGAAAAACUUGCUAGCAGUAAACAAUGGAGAAGCCUAUGAUGGAAAUGUGGAGCUGCAUAUCUAUGACCUUGCGGUACUAGCUAAUGCUACUAAUAACUUCUCAUCUGACAAGAAGCUUGGUCAAGGUGGUUUUGGGCCUGUAUAUAAGGGCACACUCAUUGAUGGACAAGAAAUUGCAGUGAAACGACUUUCAAAAAAUUCUCACCAAGGGGUGUGCGAAUUUAAGAAUGAAGUCAAAUUAUGUGCCAAACUUCAGCACCGUAAUCUUGUUAGAGUUCUUGGUUGUUGUAUUGAAGGAGAGGAGAAAAUGCUCAUAUAUGAAUAUAUGCCCAACAAGAGCUUAGAUUCAUUUAUUUUUGGUACUGAAAGUAAAUUUCUAAAUUGGUCCAAGCGCUAUCACAUUAUACGAGGAAUUGCUCGGGGUCUUUUAUACCUCCAUCAAGAUUCUAGAUUAAGAAUUGUCCAUAGAGAUCUUAAAGCAAGUAAUAUAUUAUUGGAUAGUGAAUUCAAUCCAAAAAUCUCAGAUUUCGGCUUGGCAAGAAUAUUUGGAGGAAAUCAAAUUGAUGAGAAUACACGACAAAUAGUUGGUACAUAUGGUUAUAUGGCACCUGAAUAUGCAAUUAGUGGACUAUUCUCUGUUAAAUCUGAUGUAUUCAGUUUUGGAGUAUUGCUGUUAGAGAUAGUGAGUGGCAUGAAGAACAGGAGGCUUUUUUUGCCAAACCAAAGUGUUAAUCUUAUUGGACAUGCAUGGAGAUUGUGGAAGGAGGGAAUCCCACUGAAGUUGAUUGAUGAACAUGUGGAGAAGCAUUGUAUUGAUUCAGAAGUGUUGCGAUGCAUCCAUAUUGGUCUUCUUUGUUUACAACACCAUCCUGAUGAUAGGCCAGACAUGGCAUCCGUGGUUGUAAUGUUAAGCAGUGAGGGAGUCUUGCCUCAACCUAAAGAACCUGCUUUUCUUUUGGAAAACAUACAAGUUGGGGGAGAAUGUUCUCAUAAGAAUCAUGCAACUCCUUCAAGUAAUGAAAUUACCAUCACGUUGUUGGAAGCUAGAUAAAGACAAUUGUGCUUAUUAAUCCUGUAUUGCUAAUGAGCAUACUCUUAAGGACAAGACUAGCUAGUUACAACAAAUGAAGAUGAUAUUGAUUCUAAACAA